AUGCAGGAGGGGCUAGAGCUCGUCGUGAAGGUGUUGUCGAGCAGCGUGGUGCUGGACAAGCCCAAGACGGCGACGCUGCCGCCGCUGAAGAUCGCAGAGGGGCUCGUCGGCGACAGCACGGGAACCAUCGUGCUCAGCUGCAGGAACCAGCAAACGGAGGUCCUGAAGGAGGGCGCGGCGCUCCAUAUCAAGGGCGCGCGCGUGGACAUGUUCAAGGGCACUAUGCGGCUUGCUGUGGGGAAGGAUGGCAGCAUCGAGGAGACCUCGGACGCCGUCAGCGUGAACAAGGACGUCAACAUGUCGGACCUGGAGUUUGACGAGAUCGUCGUUCCGGAGGAGGCCGUUGCAUCGGAGGAGCCUGCAGCGUGA